UAACCUCACUUUUUCAAACUGACUCUUUCAUACAAAUAUUUCACUUAUUUCUAUUUUUCUACUUGUUUUAUCUCUUGUAUGAGGCUUGUGAACUAAUUUGAUAAAUAUUAUGGCCAGUUUACUCGAUUCUGACCUGCCAAAUAACUGCGAAAUAGCUGUAUGUGACAUCAAUGGACAAGUGCAUUACAUGAAUGCUCAACAUGCAAAUGUUGGCACUUUUACCAACUCUGUGGAACACCUUCCAAAAAUCCACAUAACUCGAGACCAAUUACAAGAAGGAAAAGACGCAUUUUUACCUCUCCGGGGUCCAUUUCUACAACAACUCUCUCAAGUUUAUUUCAAUCGAGGGACAGCUGAGGCAUUACAGUUGGUUAAAUCGUAUAAUACUUUCCUUGUUUCUCAUGGUGCAAGUGUUGUUCUGAAUAUUUUAAACUUAAUACAAAAAAUCCGCCUAAUUUUCAACCCAAACGUCCGUUACCUGCCACCAACUCUCAUAACUAAACUUAGUCAGACUAAAGAUUGGCAAAAUAGCACAAUAAGAUUUAUUUCCUGGCACCCGUAUUGUAAUAAAUUGGCUGUAGUCACAUGUGAUGAUAGCGUAAGGGUUUUUAGCGCUGAAAACAAUAAUUAUCAUCCAAUAUUAAGAUGUAAAGAACAGAAAAACAUAACUUGUGUUGCUUGGAGGCCGAUGUCCAAUACAGAACUUGCCGUAGCUCAUGGAAACGGCAUAAUUCUCUGGAAUCUUGACCCUAACACCCUAAAUCCAAAACCAACCAUCAACAAUGCACUUAUUCUACAAAGAAUUGAACACAAACCUGUAAUGUCAAUAGCCUGGUCCCCGAAAGGCGAAUUGCUGGUAAGCGUGGCUGCAUGUGAUAAUACAAUAUUAGUCUGGGAUCCAGAGUUAGACCAGACAAGUGCCUUGAAAAGACCAGGAGGACAUGGCCAGGUCUUAGUUAAAUGGUCGCCAUCAGGAGAUAAAUUCCUAACAUGCUCAAAUGGAUUGAGCUUCAGAGUUUGGGACUAUAGGAGCUGGGAAUGUGAGAGAUGGACUGUGGUCAGUGGAAGGGUGCAGACGGCUUGCUGGUCUAAUUGUGGGAAAGUGCUGCUUUUUGCUACCAAUAAAGAACCUUUGAUUUAUCGUGUUAUUGUCAAGAAUGAUACAGUUUUUACUGCUGAUAUUGAUUCCUCUUCCAACCAAGCCCUGCCCAUAUUUGAAACCCCCAAAGUCGAUUCAAAUGGUAAAAUGGUAGGCGGCCUAAUCCAAUGGAUGGAAACUGAUCCAAAUGGCAAAUAUUUAGCAGUAAUGUUUCAAGAAACAAAUGCUAUAGCUGUGUUCAAUAUUCUCAGGCAACCCUGUAUGCAACUUAUACCAGGGGCUCUCAUUAAUGGUUUAGCUGAAGAAAUACCAACUGCUAUAAGCUUCGUGCAAAAUUUUAACGCUGGAGCUUGUUUGACUAUUGGAUGGUCUAGUGGACGGAUUCAAUAUUAUCCCAUUAUUUAUUCUGAUUUGGUUCAGUAAUGAAAAUUUGAAUAUCCCAGCUAAUUUUUUGUUGAAUGUCUUUUAAUGUCAUAUUUAAGUUUAUUUUUUAAUAAUAUUAUACUAUUGAUUUUUUUAAAAUAAUUUUGAUUUGA